GGGUGCUCAGCACAGAGGGAGGAAGGACAGCAGAGCUGACCAGUCCGAGCAGCCGUGCCCAGGAGCGUUCCUGGAGCCAAAGCUCUUCCGCACAGGGAAGGACAGAGAAGGCAGCAGGGACCAUGGAGCCCCCGUUAGCUCCUCCCUGCAGAGGGUUGAUGCGGAGUUAACCAAACCUUCCAUCACAAGUAACAACUCCAACCCUGUGGAGAACAAAGACUCAGUGGAUUUAACUUGUGAACCAGCAGCUCAGGACGUGACCUACCUGUGGUGGCUAAACAAUCAGAGCCUCCCAGUCAAUUCCAGGCUGUCCCCAGACAACAGGACCCUCACGUUACUCAAUGUCACAAGGGAUGAAUCAGGACCCUUUGUGUGUGAAACAUGGAACCCAGUGAGCACCAACCGCAGUGACCCCUUCACCCUGAAUGUUCUCUAUGGCCCCGAUGCCCCCACCAUUUCCCCUCCAGGGUCAUUGUACAUUUUGGGGGCAAACCUCAACCUCUCCUGCCACGCGGACUCAAACCCACCUGCAAACUAUUCUUGGCUUAUCAAUGGGAGUUUCCUGCAAGACACAAAAGAGCUCUUUACCCCCGGAAUCACUGUAGAGCAUAGCGGAUCCUACGCCUGCCAUGCCCAUAACUCAGCCACAGGCCUCAAUGCGACCACAAUGAUGAAACCCCCUCAGAGGAGGGAUGAACAGCUCGGAGCUCUGGAGCUCUGCUGUGUUCCCGGCUCGCCCAGUGACCAGCUGUGCUCUGACUCCAUCUGGGACACCUUUGGAGGAAUCAAAAGCACCACACAGGGCAACCUUCUCUCUGUUAUGUGCACAGCAGAGUUCUCCAGACCCUUCAUCACAAGCAACAACUCCAACCCCGUGGAGAACAAAGACUCUGUGGCAUUAAUCUGUGAACCAGUGAUGGAGAAUGUGACCUACCUGUGGUGGCUAAACAAUCAGAGCCUACCAGUCAGUUCCAGUCAGCAGCUGUCCCCAGACAACAGUUCCCUCACAUUUCUCAGUGUCACAAGGAAUGAAUCAGGACCCUUUGUGUGUGCAACACAGACCCCAGAGAGCACCAACCGCAGUGACCCCUUCACCCUGAAUGUUCUCUAUGGCCCCGACACCCCCACCAUUUCCUCUCCAGAGUCAUCUUACAUUUCGGGGGCAAACCUCAACCUCUCCUGCCACGCGGACUCAAACCCACCUGCAAACUAUUCUUGGCUUAUCAAUGAGAUUUCAUGGCAAGACACACAAGUGCUCUUUAUCCCUGGAAUCACUACAAAGCAUAGAGGAUCCUACACCUGCCAUGCCCAUAACUCAGCCACAGGCCUCAAUGCGACCGCAGUCAAGAAUAUCACAGUCUUGGCGCCAGGACUCUCCGCGGGAGCCAUUGUUGGUAUCGUGAUUGGAGUGCUGGCCGGUGUGGCUCUGAUAGGAGCCCUAGCGUACUUUCUGUUUUGUCGGAACUAG